AUGGGCUCCUUCUUCAGCGUCCUCUCCUUUUUCCAGCGACCCCGAGAUCCGCUCCAGGCAGAGGCUCAGGCUCUUCAGACGGACACCCUAUCCUCCAAGUACGAGGAAGAGCGAGCAAAACGCCUCCGGGCCGAUGGAGUCGCCCAAUUCCACGAGACAGAGGGCAUUUAUCGUCCCUUCCAGACGGACAUCGGGGCGCCGUCAUUGACCCGUGAUAGGAUUGACUCCGAAACGACCGUGCUGAUUGUGGGCGGGGGAUACGGGGGGUUAGUAACGGCGGUCAAUCUGUGCAAGCAGGGCGUGGAGGAUUUUCUGAUCAUCGAGAAGGGGGCAGAUUUUGGAGGUACCUGGUAUUGGAAUCAGUAUCCUGGCGUCACCUGCGACGUCGAAUCGCUGCUAUAUCUCCCCUUUCUUGAAGAAACGGGGUACAUUCCCAAAGAUCGAUUCUCGUACGGGCCGGAAAUUCGCGCCCAUGUUGCGCGCAUCGUCGAGCGAUGGAAUCUGGCUUCGAGGGCCCAUCUGCAAACGGAAAUCAGAACCAUACGAUGGGACGAGCAAUUGGGUCAAUGGCAUACGGAGACCAACCACGGGGAUCAUCUGAAGUCCCGGUUCGUCGUCCUUGCCACGGGCACCUUGCAUAAACCCAAACUGCCGGGACUGAAGGGGAUCGAGGAUUUUCAACAGGACCAUUUUCAUAGCGGUCGCUGGAACUACCAUAUCACGGGAGGUGAUGCCACGGGGAAAAUGAUCAAACUGGCUACCAAGACGGUGGGAAUUAUUGGAACGGGGUCGUCGGGCGUGCAGCUCGUGCCGAAACUCGCCCAAGAUGCAAAGAAACUGUACGUCUUUCAGCGAACGCCUUCGUCGGUAUCUUUGCGGCACACGCGGCCGCCGGAUCCAGAUAUCAUUGCUUCGCUGUCACCGGGUUGGCAACGCGCGCAGAUGGAUCUUUUCGCCGGUAUUCUGCAGGGAGAGAUCCUCGACGAUGUGGAAUGUUCGGCGGUGGAGGGGUUGGAUGCGUUGACGAUAAGGGAGAUCCAUGCCGAGGCUACGCGGAUGGGAGUGGAUGUGAAGGCACACCCGGAGAAGAUCGGGGAGGUGUAUCGACUGUUGGAUUUCCGGUUGAUGGAAAGGCUACGGAAGGUGGUGGAGGAGACCGUGCAGGACAAGGCGACGGCGGAGAAAUUGAAACCGUGGUAUGCAUUCAUGUGCAAGCGACCGGCCUUCAACAACGAGUAUCUGUCGGCAUUCAAUCUGCCCAAUGUGGAGUUGAUUGAUACGAAUGGGCAAGGAGUGUCGCAUUUGACAGCCACGGGGGUGGUGGCAAAUGGCCAGGAAUAUCCUGUCGACCUCCUGAUCUAUUCCACGGGAUUCGAAUUCGAAGUAGGAUCGAACUUCUACCGCCGGACGGGCAUUCAACUCAUCGGGUCCAAAGGCCAGACUUUGGACGAAAAGUGGGAGGGCAAUCCUGGAGGUGGACCGUCGACACUAUUCGGCAUUCAUAUUCGUGAUUUCCCCAAUCUCUUCAACAUUGGUCCAGCGCAGGCCGGCGUGACGGCCAACCAGCUCCACAAUAUCUACAUCGCGGGAGAACAUAUCGCCGAGGUGGUGCGCACAUGUCUCCAAACACAGGCAUUCCGAAUCAUCGAGCCUACUGAGGAAGCGGAGGAGGAAUGGGGCAAGCAGAUAGAAGUGGGGAGAGAAAGGCGGUUGGAAUUUGCCCAGACCUGUCCGCCAGGGUAUUACAAUAAGGAGGGCAAACCAGAGGAGAUUCCUGCGCGAUGGGGAGUGUAUCCACAGGGAAUCUUAUCAUGGGAAAAGGUGCUGAAGGAGUGGAGACAAGAGGGGUCAAUGAAGGGGAUGGAGCGACGAUAG